CACCUGACUGUCGGAAUACAGACGGGGAGGAGAGAAAUAAAAUAAAUAAAUAAAGGAAUACAAAUUCAUUCAAACAUCACCAUCUUUCAACCCCUUGGCAUCCAGCAUCACUUAAUGUAGACAGGAGAAGAGAGGAGAGAGACAUAAAUGCAUCCCGAUGGAGAGACAGGAAUGAAAUGAGCGGUGCUUUACAUUAUAAAAUACAGGACCGUGGACUGAAGAAUAACCCUCGAUUCAGUGAGAAGGACAUCGACAGCCCUAGUGUCAUCCUGAUCUAGAACGGUCACUGCAUCACCGGGCUCACCGUUCUCUUAUUGUUUCUGCAUGCAUCUCAUGGAAAGGGUUUCUUUAUUUUUGACAGCAGCGGAUUGCAAUUUCAAAGGACAAUUUAGUAACGGGAUAUUUUUUUUUCAAAGGAAGCCAAUCCUUAGGUUACAGGUACCGAAUUAGUGGUAUUUGAAGAAAACAGAAGUGCUGUCAUACGUUUAUCAAUUUGAUCUUAUUUCUUAAGUCAAAGGGGAAAACGCGUUAAUCGUGUUUUAUUUCUUUAUUAAGACAAAUAAAAUAAAAACUGUUACCUAGACGACAAAAUCCGAGGCAGAAAACAUUGAAACUAUACAUAAUAAGAGUACCAGUUAAUUCCAUGUUGAAAUAACAAACAAUUUUUAUUAUAUUGUCUGCAAAUAAUUUAUAUAACAUAUCCUAAUAGGAUAUUUAAAAAAAAGAACAACCCUGAAAUAUAUAACCAUUUGUUGGUUGAAGAGAAAUAUAUCUAUAUAUAUUUCUUUCUGUCAGAUUAAUUUUUGAGGUUGUAUCUUUGGAAAGAAGAUGUCGGGCCAGACUCUAACUGAUCGCAUUGCUGCCGCUCAGUACAGCGUUACCGGCUCAGCUGUGGCACGGGCUGUCUGCAAAGCGACCACUCAUGAGGUGAUGGGACCCAAGAAAAAACACCUAGAAUAUUUGAUCCAGGCCACCAAUGAGACCAAUGUUAACAUCCCCCAGAUGGCAGACACGCUGUUUGAGAGGGCGACAAACAGCAGCUGGGUGGUUGUGUUCAAGGCUCUGGUCACCACACACCACUUGAUGGUCCAAGGCAAUGAGCGAUUUAUCCAGUACUUGGCUUCUAGGAACACACUAUUUAACCUCAGCAAUUUUUUGGACAAAACUGGUUCUCAUGGUUAUGAUAUGUCAACAUUCAUCAGACGCUACAGCAGAUACAUGAAUGAAAAGGCUUUUGCUUACCGACAGAUGGCAUUUGACUUUGGCAGAGUAAAAAAGGGUGUUGAUGGUGUUAUGAGAACCAUGACUCCUGAAAAGCUAUUAAAAGGCAUGCCAAUUUUACAGGGACAAAUUGAUGCACUAUUGGAGUUUGAUGUCCAUCCCAACGAGCUGACCAACGGCAUAAUAAAUGCUGGCUUUCUACUCCUUUUUAAGGAUCUUAUUAAACUCUUUGCCUGUUAUAAUGAUGGGAUCAUUAACUUACUAGAGAAAUUUUUUGAAAUGAAAAAGGGCCAAUGUAAGGAAGCACUGGAAAUUUACAAGAGGUUUCUCACAAGAAUGACAAGUGUCUCAGAAUUCCUCAAAGUUGCAGAGCAAGUAGGGAUCGAUAAAGGUGAUAUUCCUGAUCUCACUUAUGCCCCCAGCAGUCUUCUUGAGACCUUGGAACAACACUUGAAUACACUGGAGGGCAAAAAGCCAGGAAGCAAGUCAUCUCCUGUGAAGGGAUCUCCAACAACCACAUCCCCCACCUCCACUCCAGCAAAAUCCAGCGAUGGAGCUCAAGCAGUGGACCUGUUCUCAUCUCCAUCGUCAGCAGCAGCUUCAAAUGCAUCCAACAACCUUCUGGAUCUGCAGCCCGACUUCUCUUCAGCACAGCCAGCUGGUGCGGCGGCAGCUCCUGCAGCUUCAAGCGCCUGGGGAGACCUUCUUGGGGAGGACUCUCUGGUGGCGGCUCCAGUCCGGGCCCAUGCUAGUGCCUCUGAGUCACUUCUUUCUGACCCCUACGCAGUAGAGGCUUCCCCAACUCCUACUCCUACUCCUACUCCUACUGAGAUUCCUCCUGUACCUGCUCCUGCCACUGCCACCACUCCCAUUGCUGCCGCUGCAGCAGCGCCUCCUGUUCCCACCACUGCCGCUAGCACGUCUGGAGACAUGGAUCUCUUUGGAGAUGCGUUCGCAGCUUCUCCUGGUGAGGGCCCCGCGGCUUCUGAGGGGGGCGCUGCGCCUGCAACUCCUAUCCCUGCAGCAGCAGCAGCUCUUGAUGCAUGUGCUGGAACUGACCCUUUUGCACCGUCCGAAGGCAGGGCAGCAGUUCCUCCUGAGUUGGACCUUUUUGCUAUGAAGCCUGUUGAGACGAGCGUUCCAGUAGCUACCCCUACAACUAGUGCAGCUCUUCAAACUGCUUCUGCAGCAGCUCUCACAUUCAUCACAGAUACCACCACUACUGUCACCACAACUGCUCCUCCUGCUCUAGAUAUCUUUGGUGAUUUAUUUGAUUCUAUGCCUGAGCCAAAUGCCUCCACGGCUCCCAAACAAGACGUUACUCCUAGCAUAGACCUAUUUGCAACAGACGCUUUUUCAUCUCCUCCUCGCGGAGCUUCUCCAAAGCCUGAGUGCAAUCUGUCGGCUGAUCUCUUAUCUGUGGAUGCAUUUUCUGCACCGUCAGCAGCACCAGCAGCUGCUUCUCCUGCAAAGCCUGACACUGCAGGUGUGCUUGAUCUGUUUGGGGAUGCUUUUGGUGGCUCUUCUGCCGAGCCCCAGCCUGCCACUGCAGCUAGUUCUGCUGACCUGCUGUCUGGCUUAGGAGGUGCUUUUAUGGCGCCCAGUCCAGCUACUGCAUCACCUGCUCCAGCUCAGAAUAACCUCAUGCAGCCUAGCUUUGAUGCAGCCUUUGGAACCACACCCACAGCAACCAGCAGCGGCUUUGAUUCCUCAGUAUUUGAUGGAUUAGGGGACCUCCUCAUGCCUACAAUGACACCCCAGGGUCAGGGAGCUGGAGCUGGACUCGGUGGCAUAGGGGGGGCACAGUCAGGUAAAGCCCUGGCAGGGGACCUGAAUUCCUCUCUGGCUAACCUGGUUGGAAAUCUUGGUAUUGCAGGCACACAGAAGAAAGAUCUUCAGUGGAAUGCCGGUGAAAGGAAACUGACAGGAGGUGUAAACUGGCAACCGAAAGUAGCCCCAGCUACCUGGGGAACACCUGGAUCUCAAAUGCCUGGAGCGGUUCCUCCUGGUGGUGUCCCACCAGUAGGAGGGGUAACUCCAGUAGGAGCAGCCCCUCCAAUGGGUGCUGUUCAACCUCAGCCUGGGUUUGGGAUGCCUCCCGCAGCAGGAGCAGGUGCCCCCAUGAUGCCUCAGUCAUCAAUGAUGUACCCCCAGCCCAUGAUGAGGCCACCAUUUGGAGCUUCUGCAUCACCUGGAGCACCGCUCUCUCCAAGCCCAACACCUGCAACUCAGAGCCCCAAGAAACCGCCAACAAAGGAUCCACUAGCAGAUCUUAACAUCAAGGACUUCUUAUAAACCUUUAAGCUGCUGUUUUUGUGACUGGAUCCAUGAAAGUGUCAGCUUGGUGGAUGCAAACAGUCAUUGAUAACCAGAAGCUCCUAGCUAGUCACCAGUACACAAUUCCAUUGAGACUUUUAUUCCUACAGUACCUGUGAAAAUGUUGUCGCACAACCGUGAAAGUGAAACAUAGAAAAAUGUGUGCUUAUCUAGAUGUUAACCCUUCCCUUAACAGGAGUUUGUGUCUUUUGAUCAUUACUUUUAAGUGUUUGCGAAUUUGAACAAUGGAUGUAUGUUACUGAUGCCUUUCAGUGCUCCUCUGUACCUCUCAUAUGGUGGCAGAUAUGCAGCUGUUAUGUGGUGAGCCAUUUGGAGAAACGUGUAUGUGUAUUUCAGAAGGUUUUCAAUUAAUAUAAACCCACUGGCGAAUCCUAGGAUUUCCUCUGCAUUCUGUAUCUCUGUUACGAACAUAUAGUUGUGAAUCUGAUCAUCAAAUUUGUAUAACAAGUAAUGUGACCAUAACCUUUAUCUCACGUAGUUGGUCUGGAUUUAUUUGAACACCUCCAGUGUUGUUUUGUGUUAUUUUCUGUGCUUUAUUCUAAGAUUUAUUUAUACUUUUAAAGUAUUACUGAAUUUGUUAAAUGUCUAUAUGUAUUUCACAAGAAUGAUCAGAUUAGGUAUUAACUUUUUUUGUCCUAUGUUUCAAAUAUUAUAUUUUAGCUAUUUCCAUAGAAAAUAAAAACAAAGCGACAUAUUCAUAAUUUACUCUUCCUGCACUAAAUAUAAGACAGUAUUUAGUGGAACCUUUCCGUGAGGGACUGCAGUACAAUGGCUUCACUCACGUCCAAGGGAAUUAACUUGGAAGUAAUUUCUCAGUGAACCAGCAAUCCAAAACAGAGCUGGAUUUGAUGGCUUUAGUUGUCUCGGGAUCAGAAUUUCCUACAUCAGUGAAUGUUUUGUGUUUGUUUUUCAUAGUUGCUAGUGUUUAAUCUUUACCAAACAGGGGUGUGAGUAGUGUUAUUUUUGUAUUAUGUAGAAGAAUAUUUAUCUCCAUGAAAGUGACCACAUACCCUCCCUUUAUAAUGUACAUCUUGUGUUUUCUGUUUCAACGUUUGAUUUUGAUCCCGUCUGUGGUUACCGCUUGGCUGAAGGUCUUCAUGCAUACGGAAGGAGGUCACUGUAAUUUGUGACCUCUUUCUGUGUGCAGUGCAAUUUGUGUCUUUAGGUUUGACACUCUUUUAGAAACAGUGGGCAGACUGAUGGUAGCUCCAAAACACUUUCGGAAUUAACUGGAUAAUCUAUGUAUUGUACCGUUCCAAGUGACUGUAUCAAGAAAGUGUUGUGAAGAGUAUAAAACGAUGAAUACAAAAAAAAAAAAGUUAUUUUAA